AUGGAAGACACGGUGAAGAUAACAAAAUUAUGUGCGGAAAACUGGUCGUUAUGGAAGUUCCAGAUGAAGGUCAUUUUAAAUGCCUUGGAAGUAGGUGAGAUAGUUUCAGGUGAAUGGACGAAACCAAGUCUACCUAUAAAAAAGUCGGCUGGAGAGACCGACGAGGAAGCCAAAGCACGUUGGCAAAGGCAUACUAGCGCUUGGAUAAAAGCGGACGGUAAAUGUCAGAAAAUAAUAGUUACCUCAGUGGACGAUGGUCCAUUACAAUAUUUGAUUAACUGUGAGACUGCAUUGGAAAUGUGGGAGAAACUGCUGAGUAUUUACGAGCAGAAGUCUGAGGCAAGUAUACAUUUGCUUCAACAACAAUUUUUCAGUUAUUCAAAGGAGUCGACAGAUGACAUGUCGACGCAUAUUUCUAAAUUGGUCAAUUUAGGAAGGAAACUGAGAGUAGCGGGUGAACCAGUUACGGAUAACAUGGUUAUGACAAAAAUACUAAUGACACUCCCAAAAGAAUAUAAUCAUUUUUACAGUGCUUGGGAUUCAGUCCCGACGGGAAGUAAAAAUAUAAAUAAUUUGACUAGUCGAUUGUUGAUUGAAGAAUCACGGGUUAUCCAGAUCAAAGGUGAAGUUGGUGAACAAGAGAAAUCGAGUGCAUUUCCGGCCAAAUUUCAAAACAGAUCUGAUGGAAGAAACGGCAGUCGUAAUUAUGGAAAAGGUAAAAAUCAAUUUACGAAUAAAAGUAAUAUUAAGUGUUAUUACUGUGGUAAACUAGGUCAUUAUAAAAGAGACUGUAGAAAUUUUCUACAAAGUGUACACGGUGGUAAAACCGGUACGAUAGGUGCGAACUUGAACGCAUUCGUAAGCGAGUCAAGUAUAAAUAAUAUUGCAACAGAUGCGUGGGUACUAGACUCGGGCGCGUCGGAUCAUAUGAGCGCAAAUCGAGAGUGGUUUUCAAGUUAUGAACCACUGGACAACACGCAACAAAUCACGAUAGGUGAUGGGACGAAUCUGUAUGCAGCAGGUAGAGGUAAUAUUAAUAUAUUAUCAUACGUAAACGGUAAUUGGAAUAAAAAUUACAUGGCAAAUGUGUUGCACGUGCCAGGACUAAAAUUUAAUUUAUUUUCGUGCGGAGCCGCGAUGGAUAAAGGUUUAGUAUUGACGUCAGAUAGUAAGACGUGUAUGUUAACUAAACAGGGGAAAACCGUAUGCUCAGGUAAGAGAUGCGGAAGGUUGUUUGAGUUAAACAUCAAGGUCGAAGUACCGACAAACGGGUACGCGACGGUAGCUGUCGAAAACAGGUUGUCUGUUUGGCACGAGCGCAUGGCACAUCAGAAUUUACAGUACGUAAAAAGUUGUUUGGCGAAACACGAAAUAGUAUGUUCGGCCAAGGACGACGAAUUCAUGUGCAGCAGUUGUAUAAUAGGUAAACAAAGUCGUAAAUCAUUUAGUAAAAGUAAUACGGAGUAUCACAAUGUCGGUGAUUUAAUCCAUGCAGACCUAUGUGGACCAAUGGAGGUAAGCUCUAUAGGCGGUUCAAAAUACUUUUUGUUAUUCAAAGACGACUACUCGCAUUAUAGAACGGUAUAUUUUAUUAAAAAUAAAUAUGAUGUUAAAAAUAUUUUUGAGACGUUCAUAAAAAGUGUUGAAACAGAAACAGGUUCUAAGGUCAAAAUAUUACGAACGGAUAAUGGAUUAGAAUUCGUAAAUAAAGAAAUUACGGGUAUUUUACAAAAACACGGGAUUCGACAUCAGUUAACAGUUCCCUACACACCACAGCAAAAUGGAAAAGUGGAACGGGAAAAUCGUACAAUAGUAGAGUCAGCGAGGACAAUGAUUUGUGCGAAAAAUUUGGAUGUAUCACUUUGGGCGGAGGCGGUAAACACGGCUGUUUACACGCUUAAUUGA